CUUUUGUUUGAUUUUAGUGGAGCGCAAGAGGAUCGUAAUUAGAAGUCUCAAGGCACAGAUGAGUUAAAGGGGGGCAGUUUAGGGUUACGUUAAGGGUUCUGUAUUGCACAAAGGUGGAAAUGUCAAAGUCUUGGGAUGAGUUUCUUACUAAAAUCAUGAAGCAAUCAGGAAGCAAACCUGUUGAAAUCUGCAAAGAAACUACUCUAAAAAUAACAAUCUGACACAACUCUUCACCUUUUGAUGGAUCUUGGAAUGGUUGGCUUAAUACCACUUGAUUUGAAAUUUGGUUUCCCAAUACAAUGAGCUUCAUUCAGUUUAAAUAUGGCACAAAUGUUCAAAAGCUUUUUAGGGCCACAGUAAUUAAAACUGCUUUGUCUGAUUACAAAAGAGUAAGGCUGAUGCCGUCACCACAAUGAGCUAGAUAGCGUUUAUUAGGUGAUAACACCAUAUGGCGACAUGGGUACAUAGGCACAGAUUAGUGGUGUCUGCCUUUUGGUGUUGCCUGAGCCCGCUGUAGUAUAUAUUUCAAAUGUCACAAAAUUCAGAGUGACCUUUAAACAGGUAAUAGCUUACUGUAAGAGCAGAAUUCAGUGUACAGACUACAGUGAUCACAGCACUUGCACUGUUAAUUGAAAUGAGUAUUAUUUUGGAACCCAACUAUUUUAUUUUGACCUGAAAAGCAUUUCUGCUCGACCACCAAUGGAAAUGACUUACUACUCUGAGGUUGGAGAAGCAGAGAAACUCAUAACUCCCUGAUUAGACACCCUGCCGAUAGACCACCGCACAACCUAAAGGUUUAGGUUUUUAUGACUGCAAUAAUCUACAGGCUGCAUUUUUCAAGGAUCAGACACACGAGUUCUGUGUUUUGAUGAAGUGUUUUCUUAUUGGAUGUUUAGCACAGAAGACUCAUCUUUUCAUAAUAAGAACUUGGGCAUCGAAUUCAUUCUUUUGGUCAUUCAUUAUGAUCAAUGGUGAGGCUGAUGUUGUUGCCAUAGUGCUCCAGUUAAUUUUUAACUCAUGUUGUCACAUGUGCACCGACUCGUGCACUAUUGUAUUUCUACCUUGUGGGUUGUGUCACCUAAGCCGGGAGUAUAUGCUUGUAUUCUAAAGGUUGUGUAAUUCAUGGCACUCCCUGAACAGGCAUUUGUAGAACAUUUGUUGAAGAACACAAAGCCUAUGUUCAUACUGCAGAGAUCAACUCUAAAAGGAACCAGAUUGGUGUGAGCAGCAUUUCGUAGUCUAGCUGUAUUUUAUUUCUUAUGCGCACAAACUCUCAAACUCUGCUCUCAGCAAAACUGCAAAUAUGAGUGUGUCCAGAGAUACCAAGGUUGUGGUGGUGGGUGCAGGAUUUGCUGGUUUGGCUGCAGCGGCCACUCUAGUCCAAGCUGGAUUUCAGCAUGUCAAGAUCCUUGAAGCUAAUGGACGAGUGGGAGGUAGAGUUCGCACAACUAAGCCAUUCACAGAGAACGUUAUUGAACUUGGUGCUAACUGGAUUCAUGGACAGAAGGGAAACCCUCUUUUCCAACUCGCAAAAGAUCAAAAUCUGCUAGCUAAACCAUCUUUGGAAGACGAUUCUGAUGAUUACUUUUUUAAGGAGGGAGGAAGGCGUCUUGCUGAAAAGCUAGUUGACCGGGUCACCUCUCUCUUUGAAGAACUAACCUCCAAGGCCUCCGAGUCAGAGCUGGAACGCAAGUACAGAAGCCUGAGUUUGGGGGAUUACCUUGAUGUUGCUUUUUCCAAGUCUUCUUUAGCAUCUUCAGAGGAUGGAGCAAGGAUUUUUGAGUGGUGCAAAAGAAACGAAUGCACAGAUGAGGCAGCUUCUUCCCUCUUUGAAGUGUCUGCAUCUCAGAUUAGCGAGUAUGUUGAACUGGAUGGAGACUUUUACAAUUCACUGGGCCCUGGUGGUUAUCAAGCAAUAUUAGAAGUCCUUUUGAAACGUUUACCUUCAGGAAUGAUCCUGAGCAGUAAACCAGUGAAGAGCAUCCACUGGGAUGUGAAGGAGAAAUCCCAGGGCACUGAGAUGAGCCAUCCUGUGAAGGUGAUUUGUGAGAAUGAUGAGGUUUUUGAAGCUGACCAUGUAAUUGUGACUGUGUCUUUGGGGGUUUUAAAGCAACAGGCUGCAACUAUAUUUAAACCAGCUUUACCAGAAUCUAAGAUGGAUGCUAUUGAGGACCUCGGCUUUGGUACGGUAGACAAGAUCUUCCUGCACUUUAGUGAGAGGUUUUGGCCUGAAGACUGUGCUGGAAUCCAACUUGUGUGGGAUGAGGGGCCUGAAGAUGAGUCCGUCUACACUUCUCAAACUGAAGAGGAUGACUGGAAAGAGACGUGGUUUAAGAAGAUCUCUGGUUUUGACGCUGUGGCUCGUCACCCUACAGUACUCUGUGGCUGGAUUACAGGCAGAGAAGCCCUUUAUAUGGAGACUCUUCAGGACAGUGAAGUGAAAGACACCUGUUUGAGACUGCUCAGGUCCUUCACCGGCUGGUCUGUUCCUGAUGUGUCCCAAGUGCUAAUCUCCAGGUGGGGUCAUGACCAUUGUGUCCUUGGCUCCUACACAUUUAUUCCCAAGGGUGUAAAUGGCGUGAAGAAACAGAAGGAACUAGCGGCACCUCUACCUUCACAGAGUAAAGGCUCAGUUGGCAAGCCUCUGCAGGUGCUGUUUGCAGGAGAAGCCACUCAUGUAAACUUCUACACCACCACCCAUGGAGCCUACCUCUCAGGAGUCAGAGAAGCACAGAGACUCAUAAACCACUACUCCAAUAAGAGCAAUUGAGUUUAGAUUUUCAUGAAGAUAAAUAAAAUAACAUUUGGAAGCCUGA